AUGAAGCUCCUUUUGGUGACGUGUCUGCUAGUUAUGUGCUCCUUUUACGUCGAAGCGGCUGCUGAAGUCGAGCAAACCGAAGAGGAACCAGAGAUUACAAAGUUAGAACUACUCGAUCUCGGUGCAGGCGAUAGCGACGACGAUGCAGACGAUUCGGAUGUUCAAAGGAAAAGGGAUUCAGGGUAUUCGUACAAAAGGCCCAGUAGUUUCUCGACUACCUCCAGAGCUCGUUUCCAAUUCGGACAAUCCGGUCAUGGAGGACGCAUCGUGAACAGACAUCCUGCCCAAAUAAAUAGACCCAUCACAAAAUACGGGCCACCGGGUUAUCAAAACCCACCCCAAUCGAGACCAGCUCAUCACAGUCAACAGCAUCGAGACAAACAGCCGUUCCGCGGUCACGCUGGUCAACAGCAUUCGAGCAACCACGAUAGUCGGCCAAAUGGUUAUUUGGAGCAGGAAGUUCCCAGUCCCAUCAGACAGGUGGACUUCGUCGAACCUAAUCCGAUAUCCAGCCAGAACAACGAACCCUUCGCGUCUCACGCUGCGAAUUACCUACCGCCGCAGAACCAGAAGCUCCCAGGCUACACGGCACCCCCAACAUUUUCGUUAACCCACGCGGCACAAAUUUUCCAGAACCACAACAACGACCAAGCGAAUUUUCAAAGUCAACAGCUCCUGCAGCCCCAGGAACAAAUAUCCGACGCUGCUCUGUUUCUAUCGCAGAACUCUCAAGCCAUCCAGCAACUCUAUGGCGCCCCUGCCACAGAGCAAGACUUCGCACCCAACGAUUCGCAGUUCACAGGCCACAAUAACCAAGUUCAACACGCGAAUGGGCAGCUGCAGAAUUUCGAGACGAGUUCCUUGAGCCCUCAAACAUUCGCAGGCCCCCUUCCGUCGUACGCGUCCGGAACGUUGAGCGCCCAAGAGACCCUGGAGCAAAUCCAGUCCCUCGAAAAGGACAGAUUGAUCGUCCAGCUGCAACGCGCCCUCGCGACGCAAACUCAAGAGCAAGCUGCAGACGCUGCAGGAAGGUAUGCUCAAAAUCAGCCGAGCUUCGUACAGAAUCAAGAUCUUCUGGCUUCCCUUGGACAGCGUACGAAGAUUCACGGUUUAAACGCGCAACCGAGUACCGUAAACGUCGGCUCCGGAAAUACAGCUUUCAAUCAAUCCCCUUUUUUGCCAGGGACAACAAUCAGCCCGGGGUUACCUCUUAACUACGGGCUGCUAACGACCACUACCCUGCCACCAACGACCACCGCAACGACAACCACCACCACCGUGCAACCACCUCAGGCCGCGAAGGGCGAUGGAUCCUCGCAGGUUGGCUCCACGCUGCAGCCUGCGCCUUCCUUGCCGACGCCCGCCGCGGGACUACCCGUUUACGGCGGUUUCGUGCCAACCCUAAUCGCUGGUUCAGGUUUCCUAUCGAACGUUCCUUCCUACGGUCCGAGUUUCUUCGCGCCAGGAACCUUCACGCCCGUCCAAACGUCAGGCUCCUCGCCCACGCACUUCGGAUUACCCAUUCCCACGGAUCUCGGCCAGAAACCAACCACGCCAUCGUCCACACCCUCGAAUCCAACUACUCCGUCCACUAGCAGACCAAGCAGCCCUUCGUCACCGCCAAUUCACGCCGUUCCUGUUCCCGUGCACCCCGUGGUGGCACCUCUUCGUCCAGUAACGCCUCUGCAGCCUGUGAUUCCAGCGACGCCUGCUCACGUCCAUCCCCCUCAGUCGUCCUCGGUUUAUCCAACUUACGGGAUACAGUCCCCAGUGAUCAAUCCGUUCCUCUACAAGCCCAUCAAACCCGUCUACCCGUUAUACUAUUAUCCAAACGUAGCCUAUCAGCUGCAGAAACCUGCGUCGCCGACUUAUCCGUGGAGCUACGCGCCAACCUACGCCACGCAAGCGAAACCGGCACAAAUAUGGAAAUGA